GAGCGCGGCCGGCGGGGGCGCGGGGCCAUGUGGGCGGCGGCGGCGGCGGCGCGGGGGCUCCGCGGGGCCCGGCUCAGCUCCUGGCUGCCCCAGAGGGUCCCGCUCCAAGGCAGUCACUGGCAGAGCUCAUUGUUGGAGUUGAGGACAUCCCUCCCUGUGAGAGCACAACCAAAGAAGAAAAAGAAAGUGGAUGUGAAGAAAGAGCAAGCACAGAAGGAGCGUAUGAAGAAAAAGCUUAAAAAGUUGGAAAAAGCUCCCCCAGAACUGAUUCCAAUUGAGGAUUUUAUAACACCACUUAAAUACUCAGAGAGCAACAGGGUGCGAAGUCUUCCCGCUCUUUCUCCCGAAGAGUCUGAAAGAAGAGUUUUACUUUUGAAGAAGUGGUGUUUGUUUAAGCAGAAACAAGAUGAGGCAGAAAAGCAAGCAAUUAAGGCCCUGGUAGAAUCUCAGCAAGAGGCACUGAAGGAACUGCGCCUGGAAUCCGAGGAGCUGUACGAGGCAGCGAUCCGGAGGGACGAGGAGCUUUUCCCCUUCGAGAGGGACGGACCCCGAUACACCCCUCCCCUUCCUGGCUACGAUCCCCCCGAAGGGAAGUGCAUCGACAUCACCAAGGUGUACACACAGUGACACCUGGAGGAGCUCCUGCUUCAGCCGCCAGAGGGGCUGAGCCGACUGCAGGAAAAAAGGCUGCAAUAAGAAUAAACAAUUUUUCCUGUGGGUUACAACACUGCAGGAUGUGACUGUGAAAAAAUAAAUUAAAUAAAUCUC